CGCGCUCCCACACAACUCCGGGUGAUGCAGACCUAACUGGGAAUCUAGACCGACUGUCCGGGAAGACGCACGAGCACCACAUUCAUGACCGACUAUUUGGAUUGUGAUAUCAAUCAACCGUGGAAGAUUGAGGGAAAAUUGAAGAAAAACUUGGAAUCUAAUCUGAAUAUUUUUUCCGUCUUGUUUCCAGGGGGAGUGAGUUACGAGGACAGCUCUAGGAGGACAUCAAACAGACUAGACCAGCAGCCUUCCACCUCCCAGCACCAUGCUGCUCAGAGCACCCCUCACUGCUGUCUGGCUGGCCCUUCUACUCAGCUGCGGGAGUGAAGCCAAACCAAACGGAUCCAAGAACAAGAAACCAAAACAAGUGGUUCCAGCCAUAGAGUGUGACGUCCGGGCGGGGAAGAUCAACCUCCCAGAAUUCAUAGCUAAAUGCCCGUCUGACUGUAAACAGACAAAGAGUCAGGUUUAUGGGACAGGAGUCUUCGCAUCCAUCUCCAGCAUCUGUAACGCUGCCAUACACAGCGGUGUCAUCACUAACUCAGGGGGUAAAGUGAUUGUUAGGAAGAUGGCUGGACAGAACAUCUAUAAAGGCUCUAACUCCCACGGGCUCCGAUCUCUGUCUCUGCCCAAGUGGAGAGAGUCCUUCGUUGUCUCAGUUGGUAAGCCAAAGAAAGGAGUCAUCUAUCCAUCUUCUCUGGACUAUAUUCCCUCCAGACCUACCUACAGCAAAACAGGUCAGAAAGAGACCAAAGCCCCUGUGGUCACUACCGUAAUGCCGGCUACAACACCAGAACCCACCAGGACUACCACACCUCCACCCACUACGGCCACCACCACACCUCCACCCACUACCACCACAACCCUCCCACCCACCACCACUACUACAACAGCCAAGCCCCGCGCUGCUGUCCACAAAGCCAGGGAUACAGACAGCAGUCAUCCGUACUUUGCGUCUGUAGCAGCAGCCUCCAGUGCAAGGCAGUCACAGAAUGGCCACGGAAAGGUGACAGCCCAAGCCAUCAGAGGCGGUACCUACACCAGUAGGUUUCCAUCACGAGCCAAAGCAGGUCUAAGGAGACCAGAGGCUGUCGGGUCUCCUACCAUCAGGAGACAACCAGUCCCCGGCCACCACUCCGGGACAGCUUUCAACCGAGUUGUACAGAUGGUCCCAGCAGAGAGGAACCAGCAGCAGCAACAGAACAACCCCACUUUGGCUCGUAGGGAUAGGCCGCCCACUUCCUUCGCACGACCUGAUUGGUACCCUGGAGCGAGACGGCCAACAGACGUAAGUCAAGCAGCUCCAGAUUCAGGCUACACGUGGAGCGAGGCGGAGACAGCGCCAGAGAUGACAGCCCGCGACCCCAGGCCUGAUAUCUCCGAGUAUGAACGCUGGUAUUAUAACUUUGGACAGUACCCACCCCAGUCCACAGACCCCGAGCCACAAGACACAACUCACACUAGAGUGGGACCAGUGGACUCCUGGAAACCAGAAGUGAACCCUUUUGAUUCAGGUUUCAGUGUGAGAGAGCAGGACUCACUACCCCGGGCCGACCCAGAGCCUGUUACUCAGGGAGACCCAAACUGUAAAGUUGACAUAGCAUGGCUGAUGGACGGUAGCUGGAGUAUUGGGAAGCGUCGCUUUAAGAUCCAGAAGGACUUCCUGGCUGAGGUGGCACAGGUCAUCAACGUGGGCAUGGCCGGACCCAUGAUGGGCGUCAUCCAAUACGGAGAUGAUCCGGUCACAGAGUUCAGUCUGAAGGCCUAUACUAACUCCAGAGAGCUGAAACCUGCCAUAGACAAGAUCACACAGAAGGGAGGGAUGUCCAACGUGGGGAAGGCACUCUCCUAUAUCAACAAACAUUACUUCAGCGACGCCAACGGUAACCGGGGCGGAGCGCCCAACGUGGCUGUGGUUCUGGUAGACGGCUGGCCAACCGACAAGGUAGAGGAGGCAUCACGCCAGGCCAGAGAGUCUGGUAUCAACAUCUUCUUUGUGACCAUCGAGGGACCCGACGAGAACGAGAAGCAGAAUGUGGUGGAGCCGAACUUUGUGGACAAGGCGGUGUGUCGAACCAACGGCUUCUACUCCCUACCCGUGUCGAGCUGGUUCGCCUUGCGGAAGGCAGUCCAACCCCUUGUCAAGCGCGUGUGCGACACCGACCGUCUCGUCUGCAGCAAGACCUGCCUUAACGCAAACGACAUCGCCUUCGUCAUCGACGGAUCCAGCUCUGUGGGCACCGGGAACUUCCGGACCGUCCUGCAGUUCGUCGCUAACAUCACGCGGGAGUUUGAGAUAUCGGACACGGACACACGAGUCGGCGCAGUACAGUAUACGUACGAACAACGGCUGGAGUUUGCCUUCGGCCAACACAACAACAAGGCCGAUCUGCUUAACGCCAUAAAGAGGAUUAAUUACUGGAGUGGCGGGACCAGCACUGGAGCGGCUAUCACCUACGCAGCUGAGCAGCUGUUCAGCAAGUCCAAACCCAACAAACGCAAGAUCAUGAUCGUUAUCACCGACGGGAGGAGCUACGAUGAUGUCAGAGCUCCAGCGUUGGCCGUCCAUCGCCAAGGUGUGAUAGCGUACUCCAUCGGCAUCGCCUGGGCAGCGCAGGACGAGCUGGAAUACAUCGCCACCGACCCCGACAAGGAGCACUCCUACUUCGUAGAUGAGUUUGACAGCCUCUACAAGUUUGUCCCCAAGGUGGUCAAUAACAUCUGUCAGGAGUUCAACUCACAGCCACGCAACUGAGCUGAGCAGGGAGGGCACCUUAUUCCCUAUAAUAGUGCACUACUUUUGAACAGGGCCCCUAGGGCCAUAGACCCACCUUGCUUACGUACACCUAUACUUAUAAAUCUGUGCUUACAUAUCAAGGAAACAAGGAAGGAAGGAAGAAUAUGUUUGUAAAGUUUUGAAACAGGGGCUUAGGGGCUGUAGGGAGGGGGUUAGAUAUUUGUAUUAGGAUCCCCACAAGCUAAUUAGCAGCACUAUCAUGGAGACAGGACAGGGUCUCUACAAAAUGUAUUACCGGUAAAUUACCAAAAUGAAACAUUGUUGUAAUAGUUGGUGCUGAAUGGGUAAUAGUUUAAUCCCCAUGGGAGGUUAUUGGUUUGAAGGCAGUGAGCAUAGGGAACAUUAAUAGUUGGUGCUGAAUGGGUAAUAGUUUAAUCCCCAUGGGAGGUUAUUGGUUUGAAGACAGUGAGCAUAGGAACAUUAAUAGUUGGUGCUGAAUGGGUAAUAGUUUAAUUCCCAUGGGAGGUUAUUGGUUUGAAGACAGUGAGCAUAGGAACAUUAAUAGAAUUGGCUCACAACGAUUCAACUUUGGCCAUGUGAUCUCAACUGUUGUUGGUGUUCUAGUAACAGUCAGGGGAUGUUUAAUGUUCUCAAUCCUAAUCAUGUAACAUAACUGAUGAAAGAGUAAAACAACCUGGACGUGGUGCUUACUUGGGUUGAGGUCAAUUCAAAUCUAAGGCCGUCAAUUCAGGAAGUAAACUGAAAUUCCAAAUGUAAUAAUUUUAAAAGUGGUUUUAUUUUCCACUUCUUAAUAAACUGAAAAAGGAUCAACUAUUAAUUGGUAAAGUUCAACUUUUUUAUUUUUUAUGUUAAAUUCACAUUUCUUCCUGAAUUGGCUGAAUGAAAUGUGUAUUGAGCCCAACCUUCAUUCGUACAGAAAAAACUAUAAAGCCUAGACUACUUCUUCUGUCUUAACACACCACACACUCUGCUGCUUAUAGAGACACAUGGCCUUAUGGGGACAUGGCCUUAUGGGGACAUGGUGCUUAUAGAGACAGCCUUAUGGGGACAUGGUGCUUAUAGAGACAUAACCUUAUGGGGACAUGGUGCUUAUAGAGAGACAUAGCCUUAUGGGGACAUGGUGCUUAUAGAGAGACAUAGCCUUAUGGGGACAUGGUGCUUAUAGAGACAUAGCCUUAUGGGGACAUGGUGCUUA